AUGAUCUCCAAUCAGUGUCGUGCUCAGUGUCGGUGUUCUCACUGUGAACAUAAUUCAACGAACACGCAGCGAACACUUGCAGUCGGUAGCAAGAAAGUUGCUGCAUGUGAUACCAAUGAUUCAAUGAAGGUGCCAUCUCUUUCCAAGGACGAAAUGUACAUGAAAUACUUACAGAGUACCUUAAACAAACGUGCGCUCAUGGUCAGUUCCAAGAACGCGUCCAAGUUCAUCCCUGACGAGCAGAUUGUGAGCAGUUUAAAGAGACGUGAAGCCAAGGAGGCUGCAAUCGCUUCGCAGCAGUUUCCCCUACGUCGCCGCGAUCGUCUUGAGGAGCUGCUCAUUCUUGAGCACAAGAUGCGUCUAAAAGAGGAGGCGCGGCUCCGCAAGGAACGUCUUAAGCUUGGCAUACUUGAUGAUCAUGAGAGGGUGAUGACCGACGGAGAGGUAUGCGACUCGAGUAAGGACGCCACCACCCAAGUCCCCGUUUCUCCUGACCAGAACAGCGUGGGUGAUCGUUCAACACCGCUGCCGCGCUGUUCUGCUGAGCAUGACCUGAAUGGGACGCUUUGUGAAAUCAAGGACAUCUUGGAGGAGGAGGCUAAUGCUCCUCCAGGUAAGGAAUUGAGCCACCAGCAUAUCUUUAAAUUACACCAGCUAGUCCAAAGGCACGAUAAGAAGAGUCGUGAGCAGCAGAGGAUGUGUCCACAACAAUCUCAUCUCUGUAACCACUGUUUCGAUGUGGAGGUACAGGCACGGCACUUAUGCCCUAGCGCGUCUUUAGGUUCUGUAGCCUAUAAAGAGACAGGAAAAGUCAUCAACCCCGAAGAGGGAAUCCGCCUUGGCACCGAUUCGCAGCGUGGUCCAGGGGGUACCUAUACAGCUGAUGACGUAACGCGAUUUAUGGCCAGCAACAUGCGCCUACGAGAUUACAACCCCCACCCUUAUGGAACUGGCGUUGUGUUUAUGCCCCUCUCCGCGACGGCUAAUCAUGGAAAUGUGAAGUCAAAGACAAACGGGAAUCACGUUAAAUUUGAGCCCACCUUUAACAAUAAUAUCGCCCCAGAGGAGCCGGUCGUAUCGGAGAUGCAGUAUCCAGGGAGCACUUACAACGUGUACGAUGAGCCCACCCUUUCUGGGAAGUGCACUAAGAAUGACGCUGGCACUAUCACUUCUGUGAAGCAAUACGCAGUUGACCCUGAAAACAAUACUACAGAGAAUUCUAACUUUGUUCAUCGGAAUGAAGUUGAGGCUAAGACGGUGGGGGAUAAGUCCAAGCUAGAGGGUAAGUCGUCUUCAUCUUUUUGGCGUACAACCAAUCAGGCUCGCGAUAUGGAUAUGGAACGCUUUUUGAAGUUUCAAAAGAUGUUGAAAGAUAAUAGUCGGCAAGUAUACGAAUCUACAGCUCCACGUAAUGCUGUUGGUACUGGAUUUUAG